ACUCACCAGUUGGCGCCACUGUAGAUUAUGGUCCAGAACAGAUCUCAAAAUUCUGUAAGUAUGCUUAUUUUAAAAACAUUAAUAAAUAGGUACGUUCUAAUAUACUCAAAAAUAUUUUUAACCGACUUCCGAAUUAUGCAUAUAACUAUUACUUGUUUCUUUUUUAAGACCACCUUUAUUUAACCAAACAUUUAUAAACUACUUAUAUCUAAUGUUUGCCAUGAAUAAUCAAAAAUAAAAAAAGUUAACCACAAUUAUGAAUAAGGAGUGAAAAAUCGCGACAAAAAAGCUUGGAACCCCCAAAAAUACUACGCAUUUGACAUUUUGAACAACCUCGGUCUACACUAGCGCCCCUAGCGGCGAAAUUAAAUUGGUGGUGGUUUAUGUUAAAUUGUGUCCGUUGUAUGUUGUUCCAGGGUAACAAAUGAACGUUAUCUUUCUAUCGGACUUUUUAUGAUCUUCCCUCAUGUCAGCCGCGUGAAGCUCGAUACUCGUUCUUGGCAGAAUUGUGCUUAACUGCGCAGUGGCCAUAGACAAAGUGAAGUGAAACGCGGUAGCCCUUACAGGAUGUGUUGUAAUAAUGUGUGAAGUGCCACCAUAAAAGUCAUAUUUUCAUAGGUUUAUGACGGCACUACCACACUUUAUCAUUGCAAAUCAUGUACAUAGUCAUGUCAGAGCUUGAUCUGACUGAAUCAUCUGAUAACAUUUUUCAAAAACAAAGGAAAUUUGGAAAAGUUGGCAAGCAGAAUAUAAUAAGGAAUAUUUGAAGGCGACUAUUGAUCUUCAUCGUCCGCCGUUUUACAUUACUCAGAAAUCAAAUAGAACAUAACAAUUAGUGUGACAGUGUCAAAUCGUUACGUUUUUUCUGUCGCCAGUGGAUCUCAAACUAAAAACACACUUUAUUUCAUAGUUGUCUACUUGGGUGGCGGGUAUAGUCUUUGAGUUUUUAUUCACACAUAUAUUGGGUGUCCAAUCCAAACCGUAGGCGCCAUAAAUAAAGGUUCAGAAUACUAUUUACUGUUUUUCUAUUUAUGGCAGUAGGUACAUACCUAAUGUACUUACACUGAUGUAAACUUUGAGCAUCCAUGGUGUUAUUGGUCAAUGUGCUAAUAUUAUCCAAAACUAGAGAGUUCGAUAACAGACAAAGUUCCAACUACAGUUACUGAAACGACAACGAUUGAACUACACAUUAGGAAUCAUUACUUCAGAAGCUGCAAAGAUAAGUUUGUUGUGAUUCGCUUCAUGGGAAUCCCAUCAAAUGGAAUUUUCAUUUUUAAGCAGGGCUCCUCCAGUAUAGCGACUAGUAUCAAGUGAACACAUUCAAAAUGUUGAAAAUCGCAGUGGUGUUGGUUGCAACCUUAGCUGUCUUAUCGGUAGUAUCCGCCCAGUUCGGAGGUGGUUUCGGCGGCCCAGGCGGCUAUGGCGGCUACGGUCAAGGCGGUUACGGGGGUGGCUGGGGAGGACGUGGCUACGGUAACGGCUUCGGUAACCAAGGAUAUGGCUGGAAUCGUUACGGGGGCGGUUAUGGAGGUGGAUACGGGGGCGGCUAUGGAGUUGGAACCGGGGGAUUGGGUGGAUUUGGGGGACUCGGUGGAUUCAGACGCUAUUAGCACUACGAUAUUAGUGAUUUUCUUAUUCCUUUUCAAGUAUUAACGAGUUCAAUGAAACGGCAUGUAAACUUGGUUUUAAAGUUGUUCAUCAACAUGUAAUUUGAAUAAAUGUGAUGUUAAUUUAACAUAUUGAAAUAUAUAAAUUUAUAAAA